AUGGCCUGGUUCAUGACUCCCCAGGCUACGUCUGCCCCUUCUGCCCGGAUAGGGAACACAAAUAUCCACGCCCAGAUAAUCUUCAGCGACAAAGACAAGGACGACCCGCAACUGAGAGAUGUUCUUGCUCAGCGACCAGAUGGACCUAACCGCGGUCGAAGAAGACGCGGCCCAGCGGCGUAA